CUCAAGACAAACUACAGAUUAGGAGGGAUCGUGCAUUCCCUUCGAGAUCCUUUGCCGGUCAGAGGAACGACAAUGAUAGUUGGAGCCGAUGUUACACAUCCCGGUAAAGUAAAUGAUACGACUUGCCCUUCGAUGGCUGGGGUGGUGGCUACGUAUGACACGUAUUACAUGACCUAUCUUGCUUCAGCACGGCUUCAAAAGAAGAACACUGAGCAUAUCUCCGACUUGAAGGGCAUGAUGAAAGAGCGUCUUCAUGCCUACAAGAGCAAAAACGGCGGAAGUCUUCCUGAGCAUAUUCUGUUCUAUCGUGAUGGAGUGAGCGAAAGCCAAUUCGGCGAAGUCAGAGCAACAGAACUUCCACAAAUCAUCGAAGCUUGCAAAGAAGAAGCAGGCGCUGUUCCUCGACCACGCAUCACUUUAGUCAUUGUCAUCAAACGACACCACAGUCGAUUCUUCCCCAAUCCGGAAAAUCGUCAGAACAACAAAUCGGGUCUCCUUGUAGAUGAGACGGUCGUUGCGCCCAAGCAGUUCAACUUCUAUCUUCAAGCUCAUGAUUCGCCAAUCGGGACAGCACGCAACACCCAUUAUGUGGUCCUGGAAAACGAGAGUGGCUACAAUGCAGACGAACUGCAGUCAAUCACCAAUAAGCUCUCUUUCACAGCAUCAAAGGGCACGAAAGGUCUGUCCGUCUGCACGCCAGCUCGGUACGCUGAUACUCUGUGUGAUCGACUCCGCCGAUACAUGAGACCUGCAUUGGAACUCGAUCGAAGUGUCAACUACCCCAAUUACCCUGAUCAUACCCUCAUCAAUUACAAUCACGAUGUCGUGAUUUGGAAUGCUCCCCGCGCUGCAAUUAAAGUCAACGGCAGGACUACGGUGGAAGCUCGGACUAAUCCGUGGAGGCCUGAACUUAAUGAUUUCAUGUUCUAUCUGUGA